AUGUGUCUGUUCUUCCGCAUGGGCGGCUACUGGAUGCGGCUGGUGCACGGGCAAGCAGCGUUGCUCAGGGAGCCAGGCAUCAUCCGCGUCAGACGUGGAGCGCCUCCAGCACUGGCCCUGCGCGCGAAGGAGGAAGCCUGCCGACUCCGACUGGAGCACGUACUCGGGGACGCUACGCCCGUGGAGGAGGAGGAGGACGAGCGGCUCCCCCGUCCGGGCGCACUCAGAAAGAAACAGACUCCGUUCGAGUUGUUCAGGGCAGAACUGCGCCGGACUGGCGCCAUCACGGGCUCCAACAAAUUCAGCGUCGCCUUGGGCAUGGACAUUCGCCGUCGUUUUGCCCAGUUGGAUGAACCAGAGCAGGCCUACUGGAGACGCCAAUCGGAUCUGUCGGCGUCCGAGGCCGCCAUGAAUAGGGCGUUCGCGACAGAGGCAGCGGCAGCGGCGGCGCGGAUGCGGGGCGCCGACGAUGUCCACAGCGUCCCAGCUCUACUGCCACGGCUGUCGCUGCCGCCCGCAGCGCCUGCGGCCGCACUGGCACCUCUGCCGCCGUUCCCGCCGCGGCUCGCCGCGGACGCAGCGGCGGCAGCGGGAGAUGCGAUCGCGGCGGUCGCAGACGGCGGCCAGGGCGCGAUCGCUGCGGCGGCGGCGCCGGCAGCGGCAGCCGCCCCCCCCGCGGCAGUGGCGGCGGUGGCCCGAGCGUUGCCCAUCGUCAGCGCUCCCUCGAUGGCGCCAGACGGCGCGGCCCAGCUUCCCAUAAGCGUCAGACUCUCCCGCCCGCCGCUCACCGCCCCAGCGCUUGACGACGCCUUGGCCGCCUGGAAAGUCGCCGGCCUGAACCGCGCAGGAGUUGCGGCUGGUUUCCGGGCAGAACACAGUUCGUUGACGUCGGGCCGUGGCGACAUGCACCCCAGCUUCAUAGCCGAACCGUGCAGCUGCAUGUGUCGCAAUCACGAUCUUGGAGCCGAGCCAGCUUUCCUUCGCUUGCACGACAAUCUUCGCCGAUGCAUCGAAUCGCAGGCGACCCGGUCGGAGGUCGGGGCAGGAUCGAGCCGAAUGCCGCCAUCUGCCACGCCUGGCCGCGACCUCUUCUUGGCGGUCGAGUUGUUCGGUCGGGGCAAGUCCGUGUGUAUGCAUUGGGCCUGCUUGCCGACAAAUUCCAAGGCAGCAGGGACCGUCAAGGCCCGGGUCAAUCUCAUCCCUAUGGAACCCAACGUGGCGUGCACGUCAGUCGGCCACGCCAUUCACGCCGGUGCUCAUUUCGCCCCCAUUGCGUCGGCCACUGGGCACGUGCCGUCUACAGCUUAUACGUCCUCGCCGUUCGAUGAGGUCCUUCAGCAUGCUGUGGCCGCUUGGGAUAUGCAGACGGAGGAUUCAUGGUCUGCCAGGAUAGUGAAGCAACUGCAGGCGGCACUUGAUGGUGAUUCGGUGGGUGUGUCGAUAACCGUUCAGCUUUGUGAAACGGCCUUGGUUCCUGAAUCGAGAUCUCCGGACGUGGUGAAGGUGAUCCGCGGGGGCUCGGUCACUACAGUGACUACGCGUGCUUCGCGGCCAGCCACCAGAGCGGAUGAUGCUUCAGAUUCGGACGCCGAUGUCGACUACGUGACGGGCGUCGCAGCGCGGGCGCCGCUGCCGCCAGCGGCGCCCGUGGAGCCACCCGCUGGCGGAUGCGGCGAUGGCGUCGGGGGCGCUGCUGCUGGGUUGGAUUGGCUUGCCUCGGAACUGUCGGCGCUGCUGGACCUUGACGAGGUGCAGGAUAUCUUCGAUGACAUCGCCUUCCACGAGGUCGACGAUCCGCCUGGCGCCGCCCCGGCGGAGGACGAGAUGCGCGAGGUGGGCGACGACGAGGAGGACGACGACGAAGAGGGCGACUGCAUGGAUACAUCUCUCGACGCCCCGCCUGGGCUGCCUGGGCCCGUGCCAGAUUCUUGGCCCAUUGUGAAUGCCAUGGCGUGCCCAUCGACAUCGACCGUCGACACGCGCCAACUUCUGGGUCUUGUUCGCCACGAUGACUGGUCCUUUUCUCGAGCUGGUGAAAAGCUUGGCACGAUAUAUUUUGGCCCCUUUGCCAGCGGGAACUUCAUGAGGGUGGUGUGCUCUGUUAAAUCACAUCGUAAAUGCUGCUUCAUGCUCCCAACGGCAUCCAAAGCAGACGGCUCGAUGAUCAUGCCGCAGGUGGAGAACGACAUGAUCAAGUGGCUCGCCUACGGGGCCGCUUGCGACGCCGACGCCCACGUCGUCGCGGGAGAGACGCUGCGAGAGUCGAAGUACAAGAUCAAGGUGAGGAGGAGGGCGCUGCGGCCGCCUGCGCCGGCUGGGGCUGGGGCCGGCGCUGGCGCUGGCGCGGCGAGUGCCGCUGGCGCGGCUUCCUCUGGCGCCGGUGGCGGCGCCUCCUUAGGCUGGCCCGCCCCGGCGGUGGCGGCCUCGCUCGCCGUCUUCGACGCGCUGGUGUCGGAGGCGAGCGCCCGGCAGCACAUCUCAGCCUGCGCGUUCAAGGACAUUGCAGAGGCCGGGGCGCUCGUGCUCAGGCUCCGUGACUUGACGACUCCUCUCGCCGCCAAGCUGCGGUCGGACGCAGCCGCGCUGUCCCCGUCGCCCGCGGGUAAGAAGCUCGUGGAGGCCGCGCCGCACCUGGAGACCAAGCCCGUGGCUGUGGCAGACGUGCUUUUCACCCGGGUCGAGAAGCAGUUCGCCGCUUUCGCCGACGAGGUGGAUAAGCUGGUGGCGGACCCGACUCUGCCGGGCUCGAGCGACAUGUUGCUGACUGCGCUGGGCGCCGGCGACGCGGUCACAGACGCCGCCAAGAGAGAGUUGCUGGCCGCCACCCAGAGCAAGCUCGACAAAAAGCUGUGGCGCAGGCACAUCACCCACGGGGAGAUGUCCAAGGUGCUGGGUGGCCUGGACGCGGUUUUCUGCGGCGGCGAUGACGUCGCCAUCGAGUGGGAUCGGCGGCGCGAGUCGAUCGCCGCCAUGUGCGGCGAAGCGGUCCAGAAGAUGCGCAACCGCGUGGCGAUCAACAUUGCCAUCAACGCGCUCUACAAGGUGCUGCCGCACGGGCACGUCCGCGCUUCGCAGACGGCGGCGGCGCGCGCCGACAUCGAGGGCAUGGGCGCGGUCAUCCCCGACCUGGUCGCGCUGGCGCUCGGCGGCUGCGGCGGCAGCGCCACGCCGCCGGCGCCGCCGCCGGCGGAGGAGGUGGAGGAGGCCGCUGGCGCGGCGGGCGGCCGCUAG